AUGUCCGGUCGUGGAAAGCAGGGAGGAAAGGCCCGCGCCAAGGCUAAGUCCCGCUCGUCCCGGGCUGGUCUGCAGUUCCCGGUGGGGCGGGUGCACCGUCUGCUCCGCAAGGGCAACUAUGCUGAGCGGGUCGGGGCCGGCGCCCCCGUCUACCUGGCCGCCGUGCUCGAGUACCUGACGGCCGAGAUCCUGGAGCUGGCGGGCAACGCGGCCCGCGACAACAAGAAGACCCGCAUCAUCCCCCGCCACUUGCAGCUGGCCAUCCGCAACGACGAGGAGCUCAACAAGCUGCUGGGCAAGGUGACCAUCGCCCAGGGCGGCGUCCUGCCCAACAUCCAGGCCGUGCUGCUGCCCAAGAAGACCGAGAGCCACCACAAAGCUAAGGGCAAAUAAAGCCCUCAUGGAAUAACCGGUAAAAACAAUCUGAACCCAAAGGCUCUUUUCAGAGCCAUCCACAUGCGCAGAAAAAGAGCUUUCACUUAUCAUCAAUCGUAUUUAUUGAGCGCUCACUGUGUGCAGAGCACUGGACUUUCACUUAUAAUUUUCCGAGUGGAUCAGACGACCUGCCAGCAAUCGUCUUAUUAGCAUCUCACCCCAUUACAGGCCGAUCCUGAGCUGACCCGCAUCCCGGGCCAAAGGGAAAGCCAUGUAGAGACCUGGAUUCCAAACUCGACUCUGCCACUUUGCUGUGUGACCUUGGACGAGUC